AUGUUGCGAAGGAAUGCGGGCAAGCCUAAAAGCACGUCGUCGCGUCUCGGACGACUGGCCAAGUUCUGCCUGACCGUGUACCUGCUCGCCGCGCUCGGCUACACCGCGUACCACUUUGUCGUCGAUCCUGCCGUCAGGGCUGUGCUUGGAUCCGACGCGAAGGUCGAACAGGAACUGCUACGACUCGCAGAAGACCAAGCCGCAGCAGUACGCGCAGCUGGAGCGGCGGGAGCAUCAGCCGGUGGAGCAGAUGGCACCGCAUCGGCGACUCUCAUCUCCCAGAUCGCGGCUCAUAUGCCAGGCGACAUCAUGACCGCGGUCGACGCCGAUGGCAAGACCAAGACCAAGAACCGUCACGCCGCGCUCGAGACCGCCGGUGUGAGGGCCUCGGACAUUCGACAAGAGGACAGCCAUGACAAGGUCUGGGCCGCAGCGGAAAUGGCAGCCAAGGCCGGCAAGAAGAUCAAAGCAACUUAUGUCAAGCCCAAGGAACUGAUUGAUGGGCGUGAACUUGUGCGCACACGCGUCGGCGGUCUCGAGAACGUCGAAUGGGACGCCGAUCAGAUGGUAUGGCAUCACCCCUCGCAUCAUCUCGCCCACUCUGGACCGAGCUCCGACCCUUCGCACUGGAACCACGACACGGGACCGAGGAGUCAGCUCGCUCUGUCCGAGGAUCAAUUUCUGUCGCUGUCGUUCUCAUCGUCGUUACAACCGUCCAAGGUCAUCCCUUACUACUACCGAGCGACCGACCCCGAUCGCCCCGACUUUAACAAGGAGGACAUUACGAUCACAACCCUGAUCACAAGCAAUCGUUUGGAGGUCUUCAAGCGACUCGUCGAGAGAUAUCAAGGUGGGUUACAGCCAGUUGCUCGGGGAACCAGUCCCUAGAAUAGUAGCACUGACAUCUUUACUCUCCCGCUCACUAGGCCCCAUCUCUGCAACCGUACACUUGUCCGACUCGAGCACACACGCCGAGACGCUGCAAGUGCUCGACGAGGCAUACAAUGGCUCCCCCCUGAUGCGCAAAUACGUUGACAUUCACCUCGUCUACGACUCGUUCGAUCGGCAGUUCAACAUGUGGCGCAACGUCGCAAAGUUCUUUGCCCGGACAGAGGUCAGUUUCCUUGCGACGCAGUUGCCCAUCCAGAGGAACGCCAACUGAAUGUAUUUCUCAUCUACAAUCACUUUAUAGUACGUCAUGAUGCUCGACGUUGACUUUUGGCUGUGCACCGACUUCCGCAGUCGCAUCUUGGGAUCCGAGGAAAUCAUGGCGAGAUUGCGUGGGGGGCUCGCCGCUUUUGUCGUCCCCGCGUUCGAGUUUGCGAAACAAUCGGAUGGAGUCGACCCCUCCACCUUCCCGACGACCAAAGAGGUAUGCCUUGGAAACAGUGCUGCGUACUGCAUCUUUCCACGAGAGAGCUGACGGAUAUACGCCUCCGGCUUUUGACACAUCGAUAGGAACUCGUCAAACUCGUUGAAGCCGAAAAGAUCGGCAUGUUCCACAAGUCGUGGGCCCCGGGCCACGGCAGCACCAACUACACCAAGUACUACGCCGCCAAGCCGGGAGAGGUGUAUCGAGUGACGAGCUACACGCACAGUUACGAGCCGUAUGCGAUCUUUAAGAAGGAGGGCACGCCUUGGUGCGACGAGCGUUUCAUUGGCUACGGCGGCAACAAGGCCGCGUGCUUGUACGAGCUGUACCUCUCGGGCGUGUCGUUCUACGUGCUGCCGGACGACAUGCUCAUCCACCAGUCGCACGCGUACGCCGAAAAGGCGCGCCAGCACGAGCGUCGCUACAACCGCAAGCUCUACAUCGACUUCCGUGAAGAGACGUGCUUCCGGUACCUCAACAUGUUCAUCGACCAGAUCGGCUCGCCGAGGGCAAAGAACCUGGCGCAAGAAUGCAAGAAGCUCAAGGGGUUCCCGUCGACCGCGGCAAGAUAUAUCGCCGCCGCGUCGGGCAACUCAUAA